GUUCUUAAUUUAGGUUUAUUUUUUCUUUUUAUCCGUAUUCAUAUACAUCAGUAAAUUAUUUUCAUCAUCUCACAAAUUAUACGAAGGCAAAAAAAAAAAAAUAUUGAAGGAAAAAUUUUGAUUUUCAUAAUAAAAGUCAAAAUGUGCAAGCAUCAUAUAUUUCAUUACUAAUGAAUUUAAUAAAAAAAAAAAAAUUUUCAUACGUAUUUGAAAUCGAACACUUACCAUCUUUUUGUAAAUUCAAUAGUCAAUUUUUUAUAGCUUUAAAAUAAAAAUUGGAAUAAAAAUUAGAAUUAAAAAAAAAAAUCAUAAUUAACAAAAUAUAAAAACGAACGAGUUACAAAAAUUAAAGAUUAUAAAAAAGAAAAAUAAUUAAAAACUUGGAGUAAUUUUUAAUUUUUUUUAUUAUUUAAAAACAAAAGAAAUAAAAAAUAUCUUGCCGCAUGUAUGAAUCACGUAAUAGCGUUUAUGAAAUUGCUGCUGCUCCUGCAUCAUCAAUCAAUGUUUAUAAUAACUCUUACAACAAUAUUAAUUUAUUAGAAUUCACAAUUAAUAAAUCUGUGAUAAAAAAAAUAUUAAAAUAUUAUUGGUGGCAAUUGUGGUUACUUAUGAGUAAAAAUCGGACUAAUAAAAGAUGUACUAAUAUUAAAAAUAAUAAUAGUAAUAAUAACAAUACUAAUAAUUACAAUAAUAUUUUAAAUUUUGAAUUAUGUUUAAAAUACACAGCCAGGGAUCCAAGAUUAAAGUUUAAUCCAAUAUAUAAUUUGAAUAUUAUUUUUAAUAAAAAUUCAUAUAAUAACAUUAGCUCAAAAGGGACGAAUUUAGCAAGUGCUGCUUUAAAAAAAAGAGAAUAGAAGUGAACACUGUAUAAAUAGAUUAUGACAAUAGUUACAAAAAAAAAAUUUAAUUUGCCAGCCAAUCGAUAAAUAUAAUGAUUUUAUAAAUUUUUGGUUAUAAAUUAAGUUUAAUAUUGAAAAAAAAAAGUUUUUUUUUAACCGUAUUUUUUUAAAAUCAUUGCCAAUUUCAUAUACCUAAAAAGUUUUACAAGUAAAUUAUAAAGUACGUUAAUAAAACUCGAAAAGUAAAGUUAAGAGAUUAAGAUAUAUGCAUGUAAAAUUAUAUUUAAAUUGAAUAACAAAAUAAAUAAGAAAGAAAAGAAAAUAAAUAAAUAAAAUAAUAAACAAUAAAUAUGACAGAAAAAACUAAAAUGAUUAACAAAAAUCAAAAUAAUUUCAAAGAUGAGGAUAUUUCAAUACAAAAAGAAGAAACUGUUGGUGAUUAUAAAAUUCUAAAUGAAAAGCAUAAAUUCGCAAAAGAAAUUUUUUUCCCGGAAGUAAAAUUUUCUAAUAUAUCCGAAAGUAGUUUAGAAGAAACUUUAAAUAAUCCCGACGAUGAUAAUUUACAAAUGAAUAACAACAAUAAUAAUAAUGAAAAAAAGCCACGAAAACGUUUAAUAUCAAAUGAAUCUGAAGUUGAUUCAAUUGUUUCAACAUCAACAGCAGGAGGUGAUACAGAUAAAAGAAAACAGGAAAUUCCUGAUGGUGGUUUUGGUUGGGUGGUUGUUCUUGCAUCUUUUUGUACUUCAUUAAUUGCUGACGGCAUUUCAUUUUCAUUUGGUUUGCUUUAUACUGAAUUAUUGGUGUAUUUUAAAGAAAGUAAAUCAAAAACUGCUUGGAUUGGCUCAUUAUUUUUAGCUGUACCGUUAUUAGUUGGUCCUAUAAUGUCAAAUUUAGUUGAUAAAUAUGGCUGUCGCAGAAUGACGAUUAUUGGCGGAUUAGUUUCAUCUUCAGGAUUUGCAUUGGCAUCAAUAUGUAAUUCAAUAGAAAUGUUAUAUUUAACAUUUGGAAUAAUAUCUGGUCUCGGAUUAGGUAUCGGGUAUGUUACAGCCGUAGUCUCGGUUGCAUUCUGGUUUGAUAAAAAGAGAACAUUUGCAACGGGAAUUGGAGCAUCAGGUACUGGUAUAGGAACCUUUUUAUAUGCUCCUUUCACACAAUGGCUAAUAGAGAAUUUUGGAUGGAGGGGUGCUACAUUAAUAUUGGCUGGUACAAUGUUACAUACUUGUGUUUUUGGUGCUUUAAUGAGGGAUCCUGAAUGGUUAAUAGAAGAAAACCGUUUGGAAAGUCGUUCUCAAAGUGUUACAACAUUUUCAAAUUCAAGUUGUAAUUUAGAUGAAAUUAAGAAACUUCUGGAAAAUGGUGCAUCCAAGGAAGCUGUCCUAGAUACAUUGGUUACGAAUUAUAAUACCGAAGCAAAUCAAGCCAUACAAGAUCCGGAAGAUUUAGCUGUUAAACGUUACAAAAGUGAAUUAUUUUUACCGACGUAUCUGCACUCACCUGAUAUUGGAAGUUUUGAUGAUAUAAAGAGUCAAAGUCGUAGAUCUUUAAGACAGAAAGUUGUUAAGAAUUCAACUUCAAAUGAGCAGCUUCUAUCUCAAUCGCCAACAUCACCUGUACCACCUGAGAAAAAAAACCUAAAUAAUAAACAAACCCACAUCGCCAGCUCGGAAACACUUUCACCAUCUGAAAAAAUUUCACCCAAUAAUUCUACAAUAGAUACAGUAGUUAACAGAUCCACCGUUUCUUUGAAAUCUCUAAAUAACAGUUUACUAGAUGAAAAUAUACUAAAGUCGAAAAAUCUUUUAAACGAAGAUACACGUAAUAGUUGUUUGUCAUUAAAUGAAAAUCUUAUCAAUAAAUCACAUCAUGAUGUGUCACCAAAUAUUUAUCAAAAUGAACCUAUUUAUCACUCUUUAGAUGUUCUUAAUCAUAAUAGUGUAAAUACAAAAUCAACAAUAUUUUCAUUACUUAGAAAUAAGGACACAUCAAUUUUAGUUGAUUCAAAUUCAAAGAAAAAUUCUAAAAAUUUUGCAAAUGUUGAACCCAUUCCAGAAAAUGGAGAAGUAAAAUUAAAUGGUGGGUUUAGGGACAAUACCAACGCCAACAAUAAAAAAAAAAUAUAUCGUCCAAGUAUUAAGCACCAUAAUUCAUUUCGAAAUGCACAUUAUUUUCAGCAUAUGAGAAUACAUAGAAAUUCAAUAAAUUAUCGCAAUGCUCUGAUGAAUACACACAGGUAUCGGCUAAGAGCGUCAUCUUGCCCAAAUAUAUAUAAAAAUUCAAUGACGACAUUAGCAAGAGAAGACGAAGAUACUUGGUAUGACAACUUUGUGGACAUUUUAAAGUCUAUUUUCGAUUUUUCACUAUUUUUGGAUUUGAAGUUUACAAUUUUUAAUAUGUCAACAUUGUUACUUUUCAUAUGGUUUAUUAUUCCAUACUUUUAUAUAACUGAACAUAUGCUUAAAUUUAAAUAUACCGAAGAGGACGGUGCUUUGCUGAUUUCAAUAAUUGGUAUUUUCAAUACGCUUGGUAUGAUAAUAUUAGGAUUUAUUGGAGAUAGACCAUGGCUCAACGUUAAUAUAAUGUAUUCAAUAUGCAUGUUAUUAUGUGGUUUAUCUGUUGCCUUAAUGCCCUUAGCUGUGACAAAUUAUUACCUUCUGGUUGCACUGGCGGUUGUAUUUGGGUUAACAUUUGCCAGUACAUUUUCUUUUACUCCAAGCAUUUUAGUUAGUUUAGUUGAUCUCGAUGACUUUACAUGUGCUUAUGGGUUGGUAUUGUUGGUGCAAGGAAUUGGAAGUUUACUUGGACCACCGUUAGCUGGUUUAAUAUACGACAUAACUUUGAAAUGGGACGAUUCAUUCUACUGUGCAGGAUUAUUUAUAGCAUUUUCAGGCGUUUUAUCUUAUAUAGUUGAACUUUUAGAAAGACGUGAUGAACGACGAAAUCGUACUAAAAACACAACCUCUAGUGAUAGUACUUCUUAAUUUAGUUUAAAUGUUAAACCGAAAAAUAUAAAAAUAAUUUUUAUAAAUAAUAUGUAUUGCUACAUAUUAAAAAAAUUGUUAUCCUUCAGUUAAUAAGCACAAUAAGAGACUUUUUAACUAAUUUUUGUUGAACACCGAGAUUUUUCAGUUUAACUAAUAAAAAAUCUUCCAAGAAAAGUUAUAUUUAUAAGAUUAUAUGAACUUGAACAAAACAUUAACUUUCUUUCUGUGGAACAAACUUUAGAAGCAAUAGGAAUUAUUUUUAGUGCAUAAUUAUAAUAUUAAUUGUAUAAUAUAAAUUUUAAAAUAUAAAAAUCUUAAAAAAAAAACUAAAUAAUUUCAAUAAUUAAUUCAUAGUAAAAUAAAUGAAAAAUACUAAAUAUUUCCGAUAAAUCAUUUUUGAAAUUUUAUCUUUAUAAAAUGAGAUUAAAUAAAUUUUUUAAAUAUAAUGUAAUGUACUUAAAAUGAAUGUCAAUUUUUACAAUUUUUAAAAUUUUUAGAGUCUUAAUAACAACUUUUUUAUAUGAUCAAAGUCGAAUUGUUAAAUUAUUGCACAAUUAAAAUAAUACACUUACACAUGAUGAAAAAAUAACAAAGAAUAAUCAUACAAAUCAUUUUUCUUAUACGCAAAUGAAUAUAGACUUCCCUUUCUUCUUAAAGGAAGUUCCACACUUUGUUAUUUACAUGUAUAGCAAUUAGGUAAUAAUUAUUAAUUAAAUUAAGAUUUAAAGAAAAUAAUAAUAGUAUAUGACUUAAUUAAGUAACAUUAAUCAUUCAAAGAAGCUUUUAAAGUAUUAUUCACAUAUUUUCGUACUUAAAUUGAAAUUAUUGUUGUUAGUUUUUUUUUUUUUAAGUAAGAUUACUAAAAUAUUACAGCAAAAUUGCAAAAGUAAAUCACAAUAAUAAUAAUUAUGUAAAUUAUUUCAAAACUUUGUAUUGCAAUCGAUAUAUGAAAAAUAAAAAUUAAGAAAAAAACAACUUCUUAUUUUUUUUGCCAACAGCGUUUCUCGCAGUAUGAAAAGUUUUUCAAAAUUAAAAUUACGUUGAAUGAUAAAAUUUGUACGAACUUUGUUUGAUUUGCCUGGCAUUUCAAAAUUUUUCUUCGUUGUGAUCAAUGUAGUUACAUUUUUUUUUUGCAAUAAUUUAUGUGUAAUCUGAAGAAGAAAAAUUUUACCGUAAUGUUAUACGCAUCCAAAUAUUCUAAUAAUUCUGGAUAAGUAAUUCUUUAACCUUUUAGUA